AUGACUGCGGAAAAUGUCGCUUGCUGUACAGGAUCAAACAUCACACUUGAAGGCCCUCAAACCGAAGAGGAGCAAAGCAUAGCGGUGCUGUGGUCGCGCGUUCUUGAACUCGGAGACACGAUCGGAGAAGUGAGAAAACUGGAAAUCGUUGAACUUUCCGCCAAAGAAUGCGCAUUAUCUGAGUCGCAGAUUGAGUAUGUAUACCGAAGCACGCCUAUGCAGCAGGACUUAAUCACUCUGAGUAGUGUGCGGUCGGGCACAUACAUUUCACAGCGGGUCUAUCAGCUGCUGGACGACGUUACUAUCCCGAUAUUAGAACUAGCAUGGAGAGCAACCUUUGAGGCGAAUCCCCUUUUGCGGACCCGCAUCGUACAAGGCCCUGAUGGGGAGGCUUUCCAAGUCGUUGUGCGUGAGGAAUUCAACUUCUCCAUCCAGUAUGAUUUAGAGGAGUAUCUACGCCAAGAUAAAGCUCGGCCGAUGGAGCUAGGUCAGCCCCUAGCACGGUUAGCGGUCGACCUCGCUCACCAUGGAAACUCUUUGGCUGCAUGGCCAUUCGGCCCAUUUGUGAGCUACCUCUGGCAAUCGACAUCGGAGGCUGAGAAGUACUGGAAAGCCGAGUUUUUAGGUUUGGAGGGCGAGCAGUUUCCAUCCCUACCUUGCCCAACAUAUACCCCUACUGCCACCGAAUUCGAGCAUACAGAUGUUAAGAUUCUAAGCAAUGGCACUAACAUCACUCUGUUUAAUAGCAUCCGGCUGGCAUGGGCGCUGACCGUCGCGCGGUACACCGGCUCAAAUGACGUGAUAUUCGGACUGACCGUAUCUGGCCGCGGUGCUCCGGUGCCUGUAAUUGAUAAGAUGGCAGGCCCUACGAUCACAACAUUCCCCCUCAGAGUCCAACUGAGACCGAACGUCUCCCUCCAGGAAGAGCUCCUGUUGCUCCAAGAACGAUUGAUUUCGGCACUUCCGUUUGAGCAGUAUGGUCUGCAGCACAUUGGCCAGCUGGGAGACGAUGCUGCGAGAGCCUGCAGGUUCCAAACCCUUCUUGUGAUCCAGCAAGUACCACUACAUCAAAAGUCUAGUAUCCUUGGAGACUUUGCAGAUGUCAAUGCGCGACCGGUCUGGGACACAUAUGGGUUGACACUACUGUGUACCCCAGCCAGCAACGGUUACGUUCAUGUAGAAGCGGUCUAUGAUGCGAAGGUAUUUCCAAAGGCUCAGCUACGGAGAACUCUGAACCUUUUCGCACACAUCCUCACACAAGUGACCCAGUCAUCGAAUCGCUUGGUUGGUGAUGUCAACAACAUCAGUCCUGAGGACCUCCAGCAACUCCAGACAUGGAAUAGUCAUGUGCCACAACUAAGUUCCAUGUUCAUCCACAAGUUGAUCCGUGAUCAUUGCGUUUCGCAGGCGAAAGCAACCGCAAUCGAUGCUUGGGAUGGGGAAGUCACAUAUGGAGGAGAGCUCGAGAACCUGUCAUCCUGCCUGGCACUCUCCUUGACCGAGCAUGAUUUACUAUACUAA